UCUCCAUAGUUCUGUCGAGUCGAAUUGUAAUUGUCGCAGAACUUUUCGAUAACAUUGUUUCUAAACUUUUAUUUUUAACAUCAAUUAUCAACUUCAAUCAAGUGGAAGUUUGAGGAUUUCAACCACCAGACAACAGAUUAUUCAGCUGAACGAUAAGUGACUAUUCUCUAAGUCUACUCAAGUCUAGAGAUCUAGCGGGGUCCGGACGUCUAGCACUGCUCUAAAAACAACUUGAUAAAGACCCGAUAAGAUCACAUACUUAGCUUUGUGAUCAUAUUCAGAUCUGGAAACCAAUGAGCAGAUGAAUACAUUUACCCGGCUGAGCACCAUCUCCACUGCGGACAUAGUCUACAUCAGGGACAAAUACUACGAGGAGAACCCGAGGGAGGAAGAGCAUGGUUGGUUCAGGGGUCAGCAUCCGGUGGAAAGUUUGUCGUCGGGCUCGGACGAUGAGAAGACAGUGGAUGAUGGUCAUGUAGCUGAGAAUGGUUACAGGGAGAUGAGUUAUGAAGAGGAUCAGGAAGAGGAGGCGAAGCUGUGUGGGACGAUGAGAAACCAGGUGGUGGUCAUGGCUCCUAUUUUCGGAUUCUUCGGAAAAGUAGACACGAAGGUGUGGUACUCGCUCAUCUUGCUGCUCCUUCUGGUCACGCACAUUUGUGUUGGAGCUCAUGUCUUCAAAAUCUUGGAAACAGGAGAAAAAGCUCAGAACAUAACGGAACUUAACGUCUACAAUCGAGAUUUUCUUACUCACUAUCUAACUGUAGAAGGAUCAUUGAGACCGGACAAUAAGACUUAUGAUAGACUUACAUACGAUCAGCUCCACGUUGUUAUGAAGGAUCUCUACUACAUGAGGUGUUUUAAGACUGACAACAUUGAAACAGACGCGAACAUGUGGAAUUUCUGGACGAGUUUUGAUUUCGUUUCCACAAUAGUUUCUACGAUAGGGUAUGGUGGUAUGGCACCAAGAACCGAGACAGGAAAACUUUUUGUUAUCAUCUAUACAAUCCCGGGCAUGUUGUUAAUGAUGAGCUAUCUUAACAUUUUCUCUACAUGCAUUUUAAUCGUUCUCAGACAAGUAUCGUUUCAGAUAAUAAAGACGAUCCGGAAGCUAUCUAAUCUAAAGAGGAUGCCAGAUGUGGUGGAGCAGAUGAUAGUCUUAUGGGUAUCCCUCCUCUUCCUCUGCAGUUAUCUUCUGGUCAUGGCUACCCUAAUGCACCUUCAAAAUAAGGAAAACGACUCCUUUCCACAAUCCCUAUACUUUUAUGUAAUAACUAUGACUACAGUCGGUUUCGGAGACAUAACAUUGAUAGAUCACUCUUAUCUGGCGUUGAUAAGAGUACUCUUCGUCUUCUGUGUCGGGUUGGUCCUUGUGUCCCUUGUCUUCAACGCUAUCAGAGAGCUAGCUGCUGCCUAUCAGAGACGACUUGUUGAGGUGAGUCAAAGAAUCGCAAUGAAAACGUUAGCAGUUGCCAAACAGCACCGUUUAAAACACAGCAACGCUAUCGACAGCGGUGAAGAAAAGCUGAUGGGUGUGGAUUGAGAGACUUAAACAGGGGAACUGAUUUUUACGAUUUAACACAACGUUUAGAGGGGGUUAUUUUAUGAGAUAGUUGAAAAGAUAGCCAAUUACCAUGCACAGCGGUAUGUGACGUCACGUGAUCUGUGACGUCACGUGAUUCGAGCACUAUAACUGAGAUUACCACCAUGCACAGCGGUAUGUGAUGUCACGUGAUCUGUGACGUCACGUGAUUCGAGCACUAUAACUGAGAUUACCACCAUGCACAGCGGUAUGUGAUGAACUCUCACCAAUAAUAAUGAAGGACUUUUUGAGUUUAACUUGGAGUGAAUAACAGCAUUUUACAAGAGUCACGAUUCAUGUUUCAUACGCGGAUGUUUAAGUCCGAUUAAUGAUGUUAUAAUGACAAUGUGUAAGGUUAAUGAUCUUGAAACUUUUUUCGAGGAAAGAAUUUAUGAACACCUAACCUGUUUAUGAAUGAAGAAAUUUUGAGAUGCAGAUAAUACACGUUUUCUUUACCCCAUCAGCCACGAAAGAUUUUAAAAAGGAGGUUUCUAAAGUUUUUCUGAUAAAAAAUUAUACUUUUGGAAUACUAUUUUAUAUUGACUUUGGAUGUGUUUGAACUUUAUAACAUCCUAAC